AAAGUUUUAUUGUCACGUUUUUAUUAAAUUAUUAUAAAAUAUGGUGCGAAAAUUAAAAUAUCAUGAGCAGAAAUUAUUAAAGAAAGUUGAUUUUAUUUCUUGGGAAGCAGAUAAUAAUUUACAUGAAGUCAAAGUUUUGAGACGUUUUAGAAUUCAAAAAAGAAGUGAUUAUACAAAAUAUAACAAAUUGUCACGUCAAAUUCGAGAAUUAGGAGAGAAAAUUAAGGAGCUCGAUGCUGAUAAUCCAUUUCGCAUAGAACAAAGUGCAUUGUUAUUGGAAAAAUUAUAUAUGAUUGGUUUAAUAUCUACCAAAUGGGAUUUAUCUCUUACACAAAGAGUAUCUGCAAGUUCUUUUUGCAAAAGACGAUUGCCGAUUAUCAUGGUUCAUAAUAAAAUGAGUGAAAAUUUAAAAAUGGCAACGCAAUUAAUCGAACAAGGACAUGUCAGAGUGGGGACAGAAAUAGUAAAAGAUCCAGCGUUUUUAGUAACAAGAAAUCUUGAAGAUUUUGUAACAUGGGUAGAUACUUCUGCUAUUAAAAAGCAUGUAUUAGAAUACAAUGAUGCUAGAGAUGACUUUGAUAUGGUGUAAUUAAGUGCGGAAGAUAAAUGUUUCUAUUCUUUGAAAUAAAUAAGUUAUUUUUUCCAUUCUAA